AGAAAGAGAGAGAGAGAGAGAUAGAGAGAGUGAGAACAAGUGUCGACAUGCUUUGAAGUUAAAGCAAAUUCCAGUAGUUUCCUGUUCGGGGCUGGGCGUAACGUGAACCAGGGUUCCUGUUGUAGAGGCUGCAGCAUAGCGUGAGCCAGGGGUCGCUAUCUGUCUCUGUACAGAGGAGGGCUCUGCAGCAGUCCUCGGUUUGUCUCUGCCUGCAAGCAGCUCCAACAUCAUUCUUGACAUCCCAGCUAAUGAUAUUUCCAGUGUACAUCACUGGCCUGUUUUAAUCAUGGUAUUCACCGCAGACCUGGCGCACACCUGGUGGGUUGUCCUACGGAAUGCCAAUGCAUAAAUCUCAAGGAGGCCGUGGAAUUCUGGUCGGUGUAAUUUCACGCUUGGAGUUCAGAGAGAUUGGAGUGGAAGUAUUUCCCACAACUUCUAGGACAUUCUUCAGCGUUCCACUGUAUCCGAUCCAUUGAGGAUGUCUGGGAUCAACAGACACCCCUUCUCUUCUCUCGUGGUUCUGGUGGUACUGUGGCACCUCAGCUGCGGACAGUCCAAAGAUCACUUGGACCCCAACACCAGAGACUGGGGGGACUAUUCAGACCUCCAGGGUCUGGGACACGGUCUGGGUUUGGACAGGGAAGAGGAAGACGGAGAGUCAAGCCACUUUCAAGAAGAGGACUUUUUAUCAGACUUUGCAGGUAAAAAACGUCUCUGGGUGAUAACGGCUCCAUCCCAUGAUGACCACUACCUCCGCAUGAUGGAGAAACAACUAGAAGACAUGGAGCAGGAGGGGCUGAACUGCCGCCUGGCCGAGCGAGACACAUACAUCGUGACCAUCAUCCAGAAUGCGAUGAUGGAGGGCCGCAUCCAGAAGACCACCCCCCAGGGAGAUGCCACGGUGGAGACCCUGAGCCCGGACACCGUCUCCAAGCUACUGCACCACCUGGAGCUCAGCAACCAGGAGCGGGAGUUCUCCAUGUUGGUUCUGAAGAAGAACCUGCGGGUGGGCGAGCGAUUCCCGUACCCGGUGCGGGUGGACGCGGUCCUGGAGCUCAUCGACCAGCUCCCGGUCAGGAAGCUGGAGAAGAUGACCCGGAAGGGCUCCCCUCUGAGGUGCCGGGUAAUGAAGAAGAGAGUCCUGGUUAAGAAGAGGAGAACGAUGAAGAGGAAGACGGCCCUGGGGGCGCUACGAGGUAGGAACAUCACAACCGUGAACGCGGCGGCGGCAGCGGCACGCCUGCGGAAACUGCCGCUGGAUAGAAAGGCGGCUUUAAAGAGCAAGAUCCAGGACAUCCUGAUGGGUCGGUCGAGAUUUGUGAUCCGCAGGACUCCGCCUCCUGGGAGAAAGGAGGGCAGCGCCGGUGGAGGUGGUGGCGUCGUCGAUGGUGGUGGUGGCGGUGCUGUUGGCGUUGUCACCGCCCUCAGGCGAGGUAAAGAGAAAGUAGAGCUGAGCAGACCAGACGGAGCGGUCAAGGCAAAAGAGGAAUCGAACGCCAACAGUUAUGAGGGGGGAGGGAAACAGAGAGAAAGAAAAACAGAUGAUAAAACUGCAGAGCAGAAGAAAACAAACGCGGGAAAAAGUAAAAACAACUCGAAGAAAAAGGGCAAGAAAGGGAAGAAAGGGAAGAAGGGGAAGGGAAGAGGGAGGAAGUCUGACGGCGGGAUGAGCGAGAAGGAUCAAGCAGCCCUCAGGGAAUUCCUGGAGGUUUUACGAGGAAAAAGACGACUGAUGGUGAUCUCAACGCCCAAUAAGGACGCACCGCUGUACGUCCAGCUACAGGAAGAGAACAACAAGCAGCACUGUGACUUCGCCCUCAGGAAGAUCACCGUGGCAACCCUGCUGGGCCAAGGCCGUGACAAGACCCUCACUCUGCAGCACUUCCAGCUGGACUCGGAGGCCCCGUUCAGCGGGCUGGCAGACGAGUUCCCCGACCCGGGGAUGGCGUCUCUGCUGCGGGCGGAGCUGGGCCUGUCCUCCGCUGACCUCUUCUCCAUGACCGUCACCGACUACGACCUCAAACGCACUAGGGUGUUUGAGGCUCCGCCCUCAACUGCUGACCUGCUGAAACACGUCGACGGUUUCCCCUCACGCCGGCCCGAAAGGGAGCGGGAGAAGAAGGGCUCCUCCGCCUGCUCCAAGGACCGGAGCCCUGCAGCGGAGAACGUGUUACUACGGUUCAUGUCCAAAAGGAGACUGCUGCUGGUGUCCACGCCCUCUGAGGACGACUACUCCUACCAGCAGCAGCUGUCUGCGUUCAGCGGCCAGGACUGUCCCAUGGGAAUACGUCACUUUGCCUUACUGAAGAUGAUCGGCACAGGAGCUCAAGCUAAAGGAACCGUUGAACUGUUUCCCCUAAAUGGGCGGAGCCAGAGCCAGGUGGACCCCCUGUCCCAGGGCGUGGUGAACAGCCUCCGGGAGCAACUGAAGGUCAGCAAGGACUACUUCAGCAUGCUGGUGGUGGGCAAGGACGGGGACGUGAAGGCCUGGUUCCCCUCGCCCAUGUGGUCCCUGGAGACUGUCUACGACCUGGUGGACUCCCUGGAGCUCCGAGUCCGGGAGGAGAAGCUGCAGACCAGCCUGGGGAUCAGCUGCCCCGAGGACGGAAGAGGAGGAGGAGCAGGAGGAGGAGGAGGAGGAGGAGGUGGUGAGGAUGGAGGUUACCGUGGUUACCAUAAGGAGCUCGCUGAUGAGCGUCGACUUUAUCAUCGUGGAGAGGACUGAUGGGACACGCAUGCAGAAAUGACUUUGAGUGACAGAGGUGUGAAAUACUGCCCUUCAGGGUGACACUACUCACAGACUCCCCUCACAUGCUCCGGCAUCAUAGUAGACCAGCAGAAGUGAACAGAAUAAAUAUUUCAAUAAAAUGACAUCGGUGAAGAUUACAAGGAUGAAUGCCUUUUUGAUUGUGAAGAUGUGAUGGUUAGAAACAUUAAUGGGGCAGAAAUAACAUAAAAAAUAUAUUCUGUGGGGUGGUACUCUGGGCUGGUUGCUACAGCAGUAAAACAGGAAGAAAGGGGGAAAGGAGAAGUUCAUAUAUAGCCAGAAUUUGGCUUCAAUUGUUCUCAUAUAAACAAACCCAUUACAAUUCAUGUGCAAGAAUUGUAAAGAAUUUUAAAUGAGCUUUGACCAACAACUUUUCAGUUCUGAUCGUGUGUUGUAAUAAUAAAUGUUAUUUUCGUUAUCUAUCUUUAAUGUCAACAAGUUUUUUUUAUUUGCCUUUUACGGCCAAUAUGGGUUUAUAAAACCAGUGUUAUAUAGCUUGCGUAAUGCUUUGAAACUAUUUGACUUUUAUACGAAGCUAACUUAGGUCGAAGGCACAAUUUGCUAUCAAUUAUGCACUAUAUCGCAAACGGUAUGCAACAUUAACGGCACAUAUAUUAUACAAUGAGUCAAGUUCAUUUCAAUUUGUUAAUUUGAUCCAUUAUUGUAUUUAAAUAUAGCCACUAAAAAAAAUCCAGAAAUUUAAAGAAGUCGAUUUAUUUUCCUACUGCAUCAUUCUAUAAAAAACAACAACAAUGUUCAUUUAUAGCGUAUCUCCAAAUUCAAUAUUAUUUCAUAAUCGAGGUUCUCUGGAGGUUUUUG